AAACAGUGAAAAUCCGUAUUUUGGUUCGGUCCUCGAUUUUCAUGCAAUUUAAAGUUUUAUUUAGUAAAUUCCAAUUAUUCGCUGGAGUUGUUUAUUCUUUGUUCUUCAGUUUAUCGAAAAAUUAUUCAACAUUCGGUCUACUUAUUUUGGACUGAUUGACUUGCAAAUAUUCAGUUGGCAGUUUAACUACCUUUGCAUUUUGUAUCACAAAUUUGUCUGUUAUCGUGAAUCGAUUGCUUUCGAUAGUAAACAAAAAUGUUUAUCUGUGAAUACGAAUGUUAUAUUGGUGGAUUUGCGGCUUUUGCCAUCAUCUUGUGUUCAAAUACAAUGCGAUUCUACCUAAAGAUGUCGGCAUUUUUAAUUGGAUCCAUGUUAUUGGCUACAUUUCUUCCCAUUCCCAUGUUCAUUGUGCGGCCGCGUGAUUAUCGAAAUGCGUUAUUACCAGCUUGGGGUUUGAGAUUGUUGAUGAAAGCGCUUGGUGCGUCGUACGAGGUGCGAGGCUUGGAAAAUAUUCAGCCAAAUCAUGGUGCUGUAGUUGUGAUAAAUCACCAAAGUGGAAUCGAUUUAACGGUGCUCGCAUAUUUGUGGCCCGUGAUUGGUCGCGCAACCGUUGUAGCAAAGCGAGAGGUCUUGUAUGCUUUCCCAUUCGGUAUAGCUGCAUAUUUAUGGGGCACUUUAUUUAUUGAUAAAUCCAAUACAACGGAUUCGGUGAAUCGAUUGAAUAAGGAGACGCACGCGAUUCGAGAAAUGGAUGCAAAAUUGCUAAUUUUUCCAGAAGGUACACGUCAUCAAGGCGAUGAAUUGCUUCCAUUUAAAAAAGGUGCUUUUCACAUCGCCAUUCAGUCGGAAAGCGCCAUUCAACCGGUUGUCGUGUCGAAAUAUCGAUUUCUCGACAGCACACGAAAAGUAUUUGGCAGAGGGCAAAGCAUCAUUCAAAUUUUACCGGAGAUUUCAUGUAAAGGAUUGAGAAAAGAUGACAUUACAACUCUUAUCGAAAACACUCACCAGCUGAUGCAAACAACGUAUGAAAAAUUAAAUGCCGAAACGUAUGCGACGCACAAUAAAUGCGAAUAGAAAAAAAACAA